GACGUUCAGGAAAACGGUGAAUGGCUGUUAAGGCUAACUAGCGAGUCAGAUGGGUGAGGAGAAAUUACAAAGCGCUCGUUCCUGGUUACUAAACACACUCUGAUGUCUACUGUUCGCUUUCUAAUGGACGUAGGAACCGUAUUGAUGCCCGACUCUGUGUCCUCGCUUGCCUAGCCUUGCCUCCGCAGCCAUUCGCCCAUUGAGUUAUCCGCCUGGAAGAGUGCGAGAAGCCGUUAGCCCUGCUCUCAUUAGGCACUGAGCCGAAGCUACAGCUAACCUCGCUAAGUUAGUAUGCCCUCUGAUUUCAUUUCUCUUCUAAGCACGGAUAUCGACCUCAAUUCCCCUAAAUCUCUGUAUUCCAAAGAAUCAGUGUAUGACCUCCUGCCUAAAGAACUUCAGCUUCCUCUAGCCUCACAGGACAGCCACACCAUGAGUCAGAAGAGUGGUGGAGAGGCAGGCCCUCUUCCCUCUGCUGCCGUGGCCUCAGAUGCAGCCACCGCCUGUGUUGUUUCAUCCUCCCCUGGAGGGCACAGCAGUGCUUCUUCCUGUCCCAGCAUGCACUGUGCUACUUCACCUCCAGAGCAGUCUUCCAGGCUCCACUGUCUCCCUGUCGAGGUGCUGGGAGCGGAGCCUGGUUCGGCUUCUGGUAUCAGUGCGACCGCUGGGAACGAUGGUGCCGGAGCAGCAGCACAUCAGAGCCAGAUGACACCCUCAAAGCGACGCACUGUACUUAACAUCUCACCACCUCCUGAAGACCUGCUGGAUGACAGCCGCAUGUCCUGCCAGGAUGAAGUAACGCCCAACCCAGACUCUGAGCAGAGCGGCAGCAUAUGGAUGGAUGACUCGGUUUCGAACUUUAGCAUGCUGAGCAACAGUUCCUAUAAUGACAACAGUGAGGUUCCUCGGAAAUCCCGUAAGCGAACACCGCGCCAGAGACCAGGCCCGAAGCCUGUGGCCAGAGAUGAUUCAACUAUGGAUGUGUUUGAUGCUGACAGCGCUAAAGCACCGCACUUUGUACUUUCACAACUUGGUUCUGAAGGAAAAAGUAACCUCAAAGGGAGCACCCUGGAGGUGGCUGGCAGUCAGAAAGGUGGAAUUCUUUCAACACAGUAUCCACAGAAGAGUGAAGGGAAAGAGCUAAAGAUUUUAGUACAGCCCGAGACACAACACCGAGCACGAUACCUUACAGAGGGUAGCAGAGGAUCUGUCAAAGACCGCACACAGCAAGGCUUCCCCACGGUCAAAUUAGAAGGUGUGAAUGAACCAGUUGUCCUCCAAGUGUUUGUGGCUAAUGAUGCUGGACGUGUAAAACCUCAUGGCUUCUAUCAAGCAUGCAGAGUGACCGGGCGUAACACGACGGCCUGUAAAGAAGUGGAUAUUGAAGGGACCACGGUUAUUGAAGUGAACCUUGAGCCAAGCAACUCUAUGAGUUUAGCAGUGGACUGUGUAGGGAUAUUGAAAUUAAGGAAUGCAGAUGUUGAAGCUCGAAUCGGAGUAGCUGGCUCUAAAAAGAAAAGUACCCGGGCUCGUUUAGCAUUUCGAGUUAACAUUCCCAGGCCAGACGGCUCUGUGCUCACUCUGCAGACCCUGUCUUUACCAAUCCUCUGUACGCAACCCGCUGGAGUGCCUGAAAUUCUCAAAAAGAGUCUUCAUACCUGCCCAGUGACUGGAGGAGAGGAGGUCUUCAUUAUUGGCAAGAACUUCCUUAAGGGAACCAAAGUUAUUUUUCAGGAAAUUACCACAGAUGAGAGCUCAUGGCAGGCAGAGGCAGAGAUUGACAUGGAACUUUUUCAUCAAAAUCACCUAGUGGUGAAGGUGCCUCCUUAUCAUGAUCUCACGGUAACUUCACCUGCAUCAGUUGGGAUUUCUGUGUUAACCAAUGCAGGAAGAACUCAUGAACUACAGCCUUUCACUUAUACUCCUCAGCCAGAAAAAGUUGAUGUUCCUGUGAAGUCAGAAUUGUCAGUAACAGCCAAACCUUGCACCUUUGAAGAGCAGAUAAAUGAUCAUUUGUGUGCAGCAAUGCAAACUGGCACCAGUAAUCUUAACAGUACCUUGAUGGCCCCAAUGAUAUCCAUAGUCAAAAGAGAAGACGUAACCCCAAUGGAGAUCUCUACCAGCUCUACAACCUCUAACAUAUUUAAGCCUGCAGAGGUCCUCAAUGCAGACCAACAGAUUUUGGAAAUUUCAGCCAUUCUUCCUGCUAGCAGCAAAUCCUUUCCUAGCCCUGUCCCUCUGCCAUCUGAUGAUCCUCAACGAUCAGUGCCCACAAUGUUUGCACCUCCAGAGCCCCUUGCAACAAUUCAGAAACAGGAUAUGCCUUCUACACCAUCCUUUCAAGUUUCUUUGUCAGAAGACACAACCGUUCUUCAGCCGGUCCCCCCACAGGUCCCUCAGCAGUUUUUGAGGGAAACCCCUGAGACUUUGUCUCCAGAAGACAACAGUCCAGAUGGCACUGGAAUGGUUGUAGUGGGAAUGGAGUCUAGGCCUCCCCCUACCCAGCAGCCUCAGGUCCAGAACAUUUUGCCCCAAGAUGAGGUAGCACAGCUAGAAAGAGCUGUUCGGGAGCUGCAAGAACAACAGCAGCUUAAUUCUGUGCUUUAUGAUUCAAACCCUUCUGCUGAAAACCUCCAGCAACAUGUUCAGGAAAACAUGAACAGUUUAAGGCUGGGUGGCAAUGAGAACAGUUUGACCAAUCAACAGCAGCAGCAACAAGAACAUAAUAUAUUGCAGAAUCUGCAGCAGCAGCAUCAGAAAGCUUUGGUUGAUCUGCAACAUCAACAAACUGUCUUGAAGAAUUUACAGCAGCAACAAAAGGUCUUUGAGAACUUUCAGCAACAAACUCUUGGAAAUCUGCAACAACAGCAGUCUCAUCAGAUAGUUUUGGAAAACCUGCAGCACCAGAAGGUCCUUGGGGACAUUCAGCAACAAAGUUCUUUGGUGAAUAUUCAGCAUCAGAAAGUCAUUGAUAAUCUGCAACAACAACAGCAGCAUCAACAGAAUUUAGAGAAACUUCAACAAGAGCAACAACAUCAAGAGGUCAUAGAAACCUUGCAGAAACAGUUGCAAUCAGAAAUGUUACAGCCACAGAUUCCCAUGCAGUGCACACCAAGUUUCGCGGUCGUACCACAUGAUCAAAUGUCUGAGCAUCAAAGUUCCACUCAGAUUGAUGGCUCCCUGUCACAGCCACCUGAUGGUUUUCUCCAGAGCUCUUCCCCUCAGCCACAGCAGCAAACCCUUUUUCAACAGACUGGGGGGCUACUGACUAUUCAAACAUCCAGCUUUCUUCAGCAGCCACCCUCGCAAACUUCACCUCCUCAGCAGCUAUUUCAAAGUCACACACCUAUCACUGACUCACAGGAACCACAGACAGGGCUCUUUGGCACUUCUAAACCUACCCAGGUCCAGCCUGCUUUAUUUCCCAAUACAGUGACAAUGCUGACAAGCACUGAAUUGUCUUCUGAGCAACAGGCUCCUUCAACUACCCUGUUCAUUUCUCAGGGUGUUCUGCAUAGCCAAAUAACAACCGGUAAUUCUCAAAGUCAACAACAGCAACAAAUAGCUUUUCUCACGCCCAUGGAAACGUCAACUUCAGCAAACCAAUCAGUGUCACUUUUUCAGGGACAAACCCAGUUGUCCACUCCAAUGGAACAGCACACUUCCCAGUCUCAGCAAAUACCUACACCCCAGCAAGCUUCCCUAUUUCAAAAUAUUUCUACAAUAUCCCAAAGUCAGGGCCAGCAGCAACCACAGGCCAGCUUAUUGUUCUGUGCUACUCCCGUUAAUCCUCAAGACCUUCCUCAGACUCUCCUGUUCAGUACUCAGAACCAGGCUCCGAUUGGCACCAACCAACUGCCACAAAAUAUCUUUCAGGACCAGCAACCCAUGCAGGUAGUCCCAAGCCCAGGUAAUAUCGCAUCAGACAACUCCACGAGUCAGCCUACGGUCUCUCCAUCACAGUCAACGCAAAGCCCACAGAUUCUUUUUCCCCAGGCCACUGUGGUGAAUGUGGCUCAGCAAGAUUCAACAGAGCCCAUGUCUUUUCAGGAUGAGAUCUCUGUUGUGGAUCACUCAUCUGCUGGUAUGCCUACAACCCAGCCAGGACUUUCAGACCAGCAACCUAUGCAGGUUGUCCCAAGUGCUAGCAACUGUGCCUCUGUCCCUCCUACAGACCAGGGCACUGUUAAUAUUUUCUUGCCACAAGCAGCCAUUUCAGUGCUUCAAAGUGGUGUAGGCACUCAAGAGUUACCUCAGACCGCUUCAGCAACUGCCAUUUUUAGUGCGCAGGGUGGUGUGGCAAUUGGAGGGUUGCCGAGCUCCACAGCCACGUCCAGUCAACAGCCACCUGAUUCCCUUUUUCAAACAACUUUAGGGGGAACCCUCAACCAGCCUGGGCAGCCAGGACAAACCGGCCUAUUUAUUUUUGAAAUUCCUGCUGAAUGUGGGCAGUUAUUAACCCCUCCAGGUCCUCCGUUAACAGACCAACUUGUCACCAUGGGGCAUUCUAGAUCAGAUCACAAUCAGAACCAUCUUCAGACCAGUGCACAGAUUCACAGUUUACUAGACCAGUCCAACAAUCUCAGUGAGAAGCUUGAUGAACUGCUAGAACAAUUCGAGGAACAAGGGAAGACUCUUCCCAGGGACUUCUUAGAACAGUAAAAUGCAUUGAAAUGUCCCCCUUUUAAGAGCUCUUGAGCUCAGUUGACACAAGAGUGUCUAGAGCAACUUGAAGGAUCAAAAAUGUUAAAGCCUUUAAUAUAUGUUUAAUGGAUUAUGUAGGCUGUUACAGGUGGCUGUAAUUAUGGAACCAAAUUAAUUGUCAAGUCAUAGUUGUGAUCCGUCUUGGCGUUUCAUAUUUUGGCGGUAUAUGUCAUGUUGACACAAUAUUGUCUUUUAUUACAUUAUCAUCUUUCAUCUGUCUAACAGAAUCUGACACAAUUGAUCUAUCUGUUGUCAAUCUGAUGUACUACAUUGGACUAAUUCAUUGUCUGUGAAUUUUUAGAUGGUGUGUUUAGCACUUUAUUGAGUCUUGGAAGUGAGUUACAUGCGUUUCAGCUUUCGAACCAUUUCUAACCAUAUUCGCGUCUUUUUAUAGUCUUUCCCAAAAGAUCCUCUAUUUUGUACCAGUCAUAUUUUCUCUCCAUUUUCAUAUUAACCAAUAUAACAAGCCAUGGGUAUGGCAUUUUUUUUUUUCUUUUAGAUGAUUGUUUGCAGCGUCCUCAUUAGACUCAAUCCAUGUUCUAUAUCUAACAUUUACUGUAUAUAUUUGUAUAAAUGAUAUUUUGAAUUGUUAUAUCAUCUAAUAUAUUUUAUAAAGAAGCGAUCCAUCUGUAGUCAUUCCUGCCAUGGACAUGUUAUAUCACUUGUGUACAUUGUUAGAUAAUGAUGUGGUAGAUACAUAAGCUAGCCCGGUGGACUGACCUAAAAAGUUUUUGUCCAAUUUACAGAAUAGAACCCAAGACAUAGCAAGGUGAAAUGUUACUAAUUCAUUGCCAUUGUCUACAUAAUCUUAAGCCGUGAUCUGUUUUCGGGACAUUUAGUCUCCGUCGCCGUUUCAGGAUAUUCCACCAAGCUAACAAAAUGCAUGCCCAUGACACCGUGUGUAUACUGUGUGUCUCUGUGUGCGUUUUUGUGUACAAUGGAAGCAAAAAGUGUAUUGAUGUUUGUUCUAUGUUGCAUUUAGUUUCAAUCCAUGUUUAUUUUUUUAUAUUACACACAUUAGAUGUACGAUUCGUUUGGGCACAAGCUACUGGAAAGAAUAAUGUGAAAUGUUAAUUUGAGCAUCAUUUCAUUCAUUUAUUAUGUUGGAUUUGGUAAAUGAAGUUGUACAGGGUUUUAUUUUUAAACGAGUUGGCAUAGUGGUGCUACUUUGUUUACAUAGAUAACCAUUGUUUUAUCAACAUUUGGACUGAUAUUAUUACAAAAUGCUUUGUUUCUAAAGCUUGUCGUUUGUGUGGGUCCCAGCUUACUCUAAGGUUAGUGGCCUAGUUUCCCUUCUUAGGAGACUUUUUAUUUUCUUAGAUGACAACUUCCCCAAUUGUAAAUGUUUACAGUUUUCCAUUAUUUAAUACCCCCCUGAAAAACCAAACAAAAAAAAAGUGUUUUCAUUUCCAAAAGCACCUUUUGCAUUGACAAUGUUCACAUGCAGAUCAAUUUAGGUAAUAACUGCACUGAACAGAAAAAGUCCUCCAAAAUACAUUUGCGUUACAUACGAUCUAUUUGUUUCCCCGUAAUUUUCCACCUUUUAACUUGAUUAUCUCAUUAUGUAUUUCACACUUGCCGCAAACUCUGUAAAAAGAACACUGUAGUUGUAGUGACAUUGAUUUUCAUGUGUGCUGUUGGUUUGGUGUGUUGUGUUCUCUGAGUAGUAAAACGUCUGUCUGUUAUUAUUUUUAACGCAUUUUAAGUGAGCCAUACAUACAGUAUUUUUGUAAGUCUAAAAUUACUAAAUGUACUAUGUACAUUUCAAAAUAUUGAAUUUUGUGUCCCCUCUGCAGUACUUUAUGCAUUGUCAAAAAAAAGAAAAAGACAAAAAAAAAAAAAAAAGAAAGAAAAAAAAAGAUUUAUUUUUUGGUCCCCAUCACUGUGCUAUGAAUCAGAACUUCUGUAUCUCGUACAAAUCUCAACUAUUGAAAUUAGACCUAAAAAUGAUGACAUGGUUUUUAUACAGGCUGGUGAUUUGGAACUUGUGUUCCAUGUGAAGUUUAAAUUUGAUGGUAACUCUGAUUUCAGAGUGGAAGAAUGUGUUUUUACCUCAUGGUGCAGAGACAUUUCAACCUAGAUCUAAAUAAGGACCAAUCUAAAGAAACUUUUGUUAUUAUAAUUUUUUUUUUAGAUAUGGCAGCAGAACUCUUCUGAAUUGUUUGAGUUGUAUGAGUAUCAGUGCUUUUGCUUUUUGUUUUUGUUUUUUUAACCAUGUCAUAUAGAAGAUAAAAAAAAAGAAGAAAAAAAACGAGCAAUUCUGCACAGUCCGUCAUUGUAAGAACUACAUCAAAUAUUUAGUAUGUUAUGCAUACAUUCUAUGUUCUGUUGAAUUGUGCUAUUUUUAUUGGAAGCACUUUGUGCCUUUUAAAAACCGUCCCCCCUUACUUCAAAACCCUUGAGGUUUUUCACUUUCAACAAAUUCAAAAGUUACAAAUUUAUCCUAAAUCCUUGUUUAACUGUAUUUUCAACAUGUCAUCUGAUCCAAAUGCCGAGAUGCAUUCGAGUUUUCUGUCAUGGAACUGCUAUGCAGCUUUACUACUAUAUUUAGACUGUUGGUUGCCUCUUAUGAUUUGCUAGAACAAGGUACAGAACAGAAAAAAAUACCACAUAUAUUGAUUGUCAGUUCAGUGUGUGUGAUGGAUUUAACAACGAUCUUAGUGUUUGUGUUUUUUUCUUUUUUUUUUCUGGUCUGUGUUGGUUUUUGUCUUCAAUUUCUUCAUAUGCAUUUUUAUUAUGGUUUGUUUGCUGUGAAUAUUACUUACCCUAGAAGUCAUGGGGAUAACCGUUUACUUUUCAGUCCAUGUGAAGUAACAACAGUUAACAUAUUUGUACUUUGCUUUCAACCAGUACACUCCUGAAUUUGUAUACUCUUGCAGUUCUAUUUCUGUAAAAUGUGCUGCUAUCUGUAUGAAAUAAAGAUAGAUCUGAAAUUGUU